AUGCUCCUGGCGUAUGUAAGAACAGAAAUCAAUUUAAUACAUAUUAGGUCUUUCUUGAUGAUUAAAAGUAAGAGCUUAUUUGAUAUAUCAAGAGUCUAGAGAAACCAUUUGUUUUAAUUUUAGAAGGAUUAUUGACUUUGACAAUUUGUACUGAUAUUGCUUUGAAAGUUAUCACAGAAGGACUAGUAUUAUAAUUUAUUAUUUUAUAUUUUAACACUAAUCAAAGGUAUUCUUCACAUCAGCUUGGAAUAUUUUAGAUUUAAGUGCAUUUUUAUCAAUCAUAGCUUGUAUAAGAAUGCAAUAAGAAGUAUAUUAUGAUGAACUUUUUGGGAUUUCACUUAUUUCAAUGCGUUAUUUGUCACUUACUGUUCGUUUAGUAGUUUUGUUAAAAUAGUAUUAUUUAUAAUUAAAUAAAUAAGAUCUUAUGCAAUUUAAAUGAUGCAAUAACAAAGUGACAUAUUGAUUUAUAAAAAAUCUAGAAACCAAGAUCUAAGUAUCUUAGACAUAAGUUCUGAAAUUUUGAAUGAUUCAUAGUUCGUGGAAACAAUGAAACUUGUUAGUGAUUGA